UGCUCGUGUAUGUAUGUACGUACAUGAUGUCCCGCACCAUCUUACCAUAGAUGGACUCAGCAGUUUUUACCUUUAAUUAUUAACUUUUUUUGUCUAACUUUACCCCCAAAGCAGGUUUUAGAGUAGUUCUGAGUAAUGAUCUCUUGUUCCCAUUGGGAUUGAAUUGAGUUGCUCUCAUGGCUGCCAACAUUCCCGAGGUGAUGGAAGAGAGCGAAACACCAACAUUCAUCCAUCAAGAUCGGACCUGGAGGCCCAACAAGAGAGCUCGCAUCCAAGACGGACUUAUAAGUAGCAGCGAGACAGACGACGCGUUACUCAUGCGGCAACAGCACGCACUGGGGAUGCUGGCGGUCAUGCAGUCCAUGCACCAGCGCCGGGAGCUGUGCGAUGUGACACUAGUGGUGCAAGGCCGGUCCAUCCUGGCCCACCGGCUGGUGCUCGCCGCCUGUAGCCCCUACUUCAAUGCCAUGUUCACCAGCGAGCUGAGGGAGUGCAACGAGAAGACGGUCACGUUGCAGGACAUGGACCAUGUGGCCAUCCAGGAGAUCGUCAACUUUGCGUACUCGGCCAAGGUCAGCGUGACGGAGGACAAUGUCCAGUCGGUGCUGAAGGCUGCGUGCCUGCUGCAGAUCGAGCCGGUGAUUGGCCUGUGCUGCGAGUUCCUCAAGACGCAGUUGCACCCGUCAAACUGCCUUGGCAUCCGCGGUUUCGCUGAGCGGCAUGGCUGCUUCGAGCUGCAGCAGGCCGCCGACGCAUUCGCCCAGCAGAACUUCUGCCAGGUUGCGCAGCAGGAGGAGUUCCUCCACCUUGGCGUGGAGGACCUCAUCGACCUGAUCCGACGGGACGCACUGAACGUCCCGAAAGAAGAAGACGUGUACGAGGGUGUCAUGCGCUACGUGGACCAGAAUCGCGAGGAGCGCAUUCCGCGGGUCGGGGAGAUCUUCGAGCAUGUCCGCCUGCCUCUCUUGUCCUGGGAGUUCCUCCACAGCCGUGUCAAGGAGGACAACGUGGUCACCACGGACGAGAAAUGUAAGAGCUUUUUCGACGAGGCGAGGCGGUAUCACGCAAGCCAGUUCUACCCUGGUUUGCAUUGGGAAGUCAGCAUUCGAACAUUACCCAGGCACUCAUUCAGCCGGUCUAUUUAUAUUUAUGUGGUUGGCGGUGAACUGAACCCGGGCCGCACCACCACCAGCACGGUGGAGCGCUACACCCCGGCCCUCAACUGCUGGACCUCGGUCAACCCCAUGGGCUCGCCACGGCGGGGCGUGGGCACGGUCAUGCUGGACAAGAUCCUGUAUGCGGUGGGCGGCUCGGACAACGCGGCGCUGAACGUGGUGGAGUGCUUUGACCCUGCCACGGGGGGCUGGCGUUACCUGGCGCCCCUCCAGGAGCCCCGCAGCAGCGUGGCUGUGGCGGCAGCCGGGGGCUACGUGUACGCAUUUGGCGGCUACAAUGGGAUGACCAGUUCCCGGACAGUGGAGCGAUUUAAUCCCAAUACAAAUGAGUGGAAACACACGACAGAAAUGACAUCGCCGCGUAGCAUGGCUGCUGCCGUUACCCAUGGGACCAGCAUCUAUGUGAUCGGAGGUUACGACGGCUCAGCCGAUUUGAGCAGUGUGGAGUGCUUCUCACCAGGGGUCAAGAAGUGGCGGACAGUUUCCCCCAUGCACACAGCUCGAUCCAUGGUGGCUGCGACAGCUUUCAAAGAGAGGAUUUACGUGGUUGGUGGAUGCCAUUGCAGCAUCAGUUUGGCCAGCGUAGAGGUCUACAAUCCGGCCAACGACACCUGGACUCAGGCCCAGGCCAUGCACCACCCCCGCAGCGGCGUGGGCCUGGCCGCCAUCAACCAGCGGCUCUACGCCCUGGGAGGCUACGACGGCAACGAGUACCUGCGCUCCGUGGAGAUGUACGAGAAGGAGGAGGAUGAGUGGACCGUUGUCAGCAACAUGGAGACCCCCCGACGCCGGUUUGGGUGCUGCUCGUAACGCUAGGUAGGGGAGUCUGGAUCAGGAGCCCAAUAGUUGAUCAGCGCUAUCCAGGAGCUUCUAAAUAUUUCUUAUCUUGUCCCAAGGGGGAAAUCCAGAACCAUAAUAUUUGGGCGGCCCAAACUCGUUUUAUGGGGGCCAUUCGUGUAAUCUUUAGACUACAUUUGAGGGCUUGUAGCAUGCUUUUGGAAAGGCUAGUAAUGAAGUAGGCCUAAAAAAUUGUUAUUCUCCCAUUAUUUGUCAAGAAAUUCUUUUUGGGGGGGCGUAACCCUUGCCCCCCCAUCCAAUCAUGUCUAGUCCCUUGACCCAUUUCCUUUAAAUUGACGGAAGGUCAACUCUAGAGUGGUAAAUGACACGGAGACACUGAUGAUAUCGGGUUCACGAUUUGACUUUUUCUCGAGAAAUGUGUUUGUGCAAUUCUCUGGGAACAUUUCUCGUCGACUGUCUAAAUGUAUUCAAAAAGGGCUUUUGGAUCCUUUCAAAGAAAAAUCACAAACGUUUUUGCCAAUAUGGCAGUUUUUUGUCAUUUCCGAACAUUCUUUCAAACAUACAGCUAUUACGGGAUUUCGAAAUCUGGACCAUUUACUUCUUAAAUACCCAGGGAUUGAAGGGACCAUACAAACCCACAAAGGCCAAAAAUCAGAUCUUUUUUGGGGGGGGGUAGUGUAAGUACAUGUCAUCUUUAUUCUGUAGAGGCUUUCCUUCGUGUCACCUCGGGCGAGGUUCAGUUUGCUCCAGUGUUUUCAUUUUCCCGUGACUAUUCUUUCCGUGAACGAUUUCCCAGCCAUUGGUCAGCUCUAGGGCAUAUUGUCUCUGUUAGAUUUACCACCACUGGGAGCUUCAAAAUGUGCCCAAUCACCCCAAACUCAGUUGAAGUGGCUCCGUUUGCAACCAUUUGGCGUCUGUGUGAAAUGUUGGACCCUGUUAGCCCUGAUGUCAUAUUCAAUUAGCUGCCUAGUGUAACUAAACAGCAAGAAGCCUGAAUCUGCUUUCCCUGGAGAAGGUACUCAGUUCGGUAAUUACAUAUUUCAGAGCACUGAUUAUAUUAUUUUAUUCUUGUCAAUAUAUAGCAAAAAGCCUUGUGCCCAACUAUGCCAUGUUGGAAGGCUGCAAACCUUCAUUAAACAAGUUCAUGCGAAAUGUACUAAAUGUAAGAUUAUUGGAAAUCAUGCACCGAUUUUUGUACAAUUCACUGCUGCAUUAACAGACCAAAAAAAAAAAGAUCUUUCUGUCUAAUUGAAAGGUUUAAUGAAGCUCUAAUUCUGUGUAAUGGAUUUUAUUAUUGAAAUAUUUUCAGGAUAUUUUCUGGUACUUCUUUGUAUUAAUUGUACAGGUAUGUUACGUUUUCACAUUCUGAACUGUGAUGUCAGCUUCUGCACUAUAGCAUUCAGUACUUUAAUUUAUUCACACGAAUGCACAGAGCUGCUGCUUGUUGAAAUCAAGAGAUUGCAUAUUUAAAUUCAGGUCUUGAUCGGGAUUCUUCAGGCAAUUUGUCAAAUCUGCAAGCUCCUUUAUGUACUAUUUCUAAUUUUUUGUAAGUUCUUUCGAUUUUAUCACUUUGAUGUUCAGUGCAAGCUUAUGUGAAUUUUGUUCAUAUUUGAUAUUGUGUACCAAGAAUAUCUCUACUCAAGUACUGAUGAAUCAUGCAACCUUCGGAUAAACGUUUAUUAUUUUGAUAUAAAUGUGAAUUGUGUUCAGAGAGCUUCUUAAGAUGUAGAGAAAUUUUCAACUACAUCAGAUGAUAAUAUGUGGUCUAUUUUUUUCCCAUUACCCGGCUGCAAAGCUUCUCUGCCUGGACAUGUAUGUGUAUACAGUUAUCUCUGUCGCAAGAUUUGGGAAACUUUAUUCUUGUAAAAAACAACCGUUGCAUUAUUGCAGCAAAGCACUUAAAUGGCAAAGAUAUACGUUCACGUUUUACUGAAGCCUUUGGGUUCUACAUGUGUCAAGAAUUGUACACAAACAAUUAGUGAAAUAGUACAUGUACACAGGAAGUUGAUGUCGCGUUGUACACUAAAGCUAGCUCUUCGCUCGUCGCCUGCCGAAGAGCUGAUGGCUUUGCACUGCGGAUUGGCUACAUUGUGAACGACCUGUGACCAUGAGGUUAUCACUUCCUAUUAGCAAUGCGUUAUUUCAAUUUUUUGGUUCAUCAGUGGCAAUGCUGUGACGCAGCCAAUGUCGGCUUAUAUGAUAAAAAAACAUGGCCUUGGUACAAUCACAGUGUGAUAAUUUAUUUUCUCACUAUUACUUAAAGUAUAACUGAUCACGCGUCUUUUGGCGAUAUAUUUCAAAUCAUUGGUUAUCUUGGUCAAUUUUGGAUGAACGAAUAAAGUGUAGUGAGGAUGUUUUCAGCAAUGAGGAAGAAAAAGAAAAAAUACGGAAUUGAUAGCCGCCGCUUGUGAAUUAAAUGCGUUGAGGAAACUCACGCUUCUGGCAAAAAUUCACCCACAAUGCUGUGCAAGGCCAUGCUGUGCAAGGCCAUCAGUCCUUCCCAGCGCCCUGUUCGGGCGAUGGGCAACGAGCGAAGAGCUAGUUAAGUUUGCAGUAGAGGUUCUGCGUUGAUGCAUCUUCUUGAGGGCGAAAGUUCUGUAUCACUGGCCUGGGCACAGACUUGGUAAACCUUUUGUGCAAAGCAGCCCCUGACACCAUGGAGACGCCGCCAACGCCUAGAAACCUCUACUCGCGUUCAUGAAUACACCCUCCAAAGUGUGGAAUUAUGUUGCUUUGUACUUCAUGUAUAUGUCUUAAAGUGAUGGAUUUUUAUGUAUGUAAGAGCAACAGUAUCACGUUUUGGUUCCGGAUUGCUGCAGUGACUUUGAUGUUGCUCUUAAGUUUUGCUAGUUCACAUCGCAGGUUUUGUCGGAAAUUGGCACCACCAGACAAUUUAUUUUUUUACCAAAUGUAAGAUUAAACUGUACAUAUUUGCCAUUCGCAGUGGGUGUUUUGUAAGAUGUCUAAUUAAUCAAAUGAGUAUAGUUGAUGACUUUUUUUCGAUGGUGUUUGACUUGUAUUACCCCGUCGAACGAAAUUUUAUACAUGAAACUGUGCAUUGCAAAGGUUUAUGUAAACAGUAGUGUGGAGACAUGCUCUUCAUAUGGUUACAUUUUAGUACUGACAGCUGUCACUUAAUUCCUUAACAUUUUUUGCCUGCUGUCAAAUUUUGGCAUGCCUUUUCCCUUGUUCCUCACAGUCAUUAAUGUACAGACUACUUUUUCCAGUAAUACAAUUAACUCUAGGUAUAACAAAGUAACGGGAACCAGGCAAUUUUUUUUACACCUAGGACUUUGUUAUGAAAACCGAGGAAAAAC